UGCUGUUAUGACAACGAACUUUGGAGGGGCCAGAUGAUUGGUAGCAACGGAGAAGAUGGUCAAGUCUCACAAGAAACACAACAAUUCCCUCAGAUGUACAGUGUAUCUGGACAUUGAGAGAGUUACAUGCCCAGGACUCCUCCUUAAAAAAAUGUAUGGCAUCUACAUCAGUGUGCGCAUUAUGGGCCAGUACAGGAAGACUCCAUGUUUGUCUCCUGUUUUCCCUCUAGUGUUCAAUCACAGGAUGGUUUUUGCCAAGACUUUCUCUGGCAUUUUUGACCCUGCUGAUGUAGCUGACCUCCUCGAAGCUGACACCACACUUUUUGAGCUGAUUCAGUUGGUCCCUCCAGAGGGGGAUAUUCUUGCCACGAUGGAAGAAUGCAGCAGAGAUUUCCUGUAUCCAGAUCCCAGCCUAGUUCCCAGUGAAGGACCUGCAAAACGAGAAAUGAUGAUGAGAAGAACCUCCUUGUUUCCUGGAAUCUCCCCGAAAGUGGAGUUUGCCACAACGUCAGUCAUAGAUGAGAGUGAUUGGAGAGACAGCUGGGUUCCUUCACCUACCUGUCGCGUUUCUCCUUUGAGGCCGUGUGGAACCCCGUCUACGCAGAGAUCAACAGGGAAGUUUUCAGCACAAAGCAGAGCAUAUGAUGUUGAUCCAGACAGUGUUGUGGCCAAAGACGACUCUAGUCCUCGAACAAACAAGAAGGACAGGAAACGGGGAGCUUCUGAGGACGCUGGGUACCGACGGCCUACAGUUUCCUCCAUGUCACGAACUCUGUCUCCUUACACGCACCGCAGGAUGUGUGAGCUGACCGAGGAGAGCAGGCAGCGGAUGAGCCACCUCCGCCUGGGGCCUCACCUCUUUCGCAAGUCGAAGGAGAAGCAGCCGCCCUUUUUGGUCCCUCAUCACAGUGAUACCACUGGGGUGGGAACAUCGAACCGCAGCACGGAUCGACACAGUUUCUCACCUGAUCACACAGAUGCUUCUCUCUAUGGAAGCUACAGACAGAGGACAGAGCAAAUAGCAUCGGCUUCAGCAAGGCUCCAAACGUCUCCGGAGACACGUUCCCGACAUGAACCCGAGAUCAAAGGCCCAGGCUGGACCGAGAUGCGGCGGACCCGGUCCGUCUCAGCUUGGUCUGGCCUGGCAGUGUCAGAAUCAGGGAAGCUUCUGAAUGUCAGCAGCUGCUCCCUCAGAGACCGACUUCAGGCUGGUCCAUCCUAUGGAGAACAGAUCCACAACCGGAUCCAGAAGAUUCUGCAGACGCACAGAGCCACCUAUGAGCGCAGAUAGAGCUGUAACCUUUAAUACGCCGCAUGAGUGUUUAUGCUGUAUAAACAGCACAACCUAGAUGUUAA